AGAUUCGGUAACGAUAUUCGUGUAAUGGAAACCAAUAUAAAUAGUCGCGGAAAAAAAAUCUCAUUACUCUAAAUUCUAAUUUGUGAAUAAGUUUUAACUACUUACUAGUGAAAUUAUGAAACGUCUUUUAAUUCAAUUUUUAUUGGCUUCUUUAUCAGCCAACUUGGCAGUUGGGCUAGAGCAAAUGUAUAAAAUUAAUAAUUUAACAGUCAAUACUAUGGCAAAUAAUCCAUUCACUGGUGAUUGGUCCUGCGAAGUAUUUAGUCCAGGAGACGCAACAGCUUGUAAAGUUCCAAUAAAAAAAGACCUGCCUGACACUAUGAGGGUAAAAGGCACCUUCGAAUUUAUGGGUGAUGAAAUGGUAAGUUUUGAUCUAACUGUUUGUGAAGCACUCGAAAAAGAAUCAGCUAAAGAUGGAAUUCGUGAAAUUGGAUUACCAAAAGGCCAAUUCCCUACACAGUGUCCAGUCAAAGCAGGCAUGGAUUAUGCAACAAGCAAACAUAAAAUUCCAAAAGAAAAAAUACCACCAGGUGGUGUACCAGACGGUGACUAUUCUGGUGAGGUUCAUAUGUAUGAACCAGGCAAAGAUCCUUACGCAAGUGUAUACUUCGAAGGGGUAGCGUUUCACGAAUUACCCAAAUUACCCAAACAUCCUGGAUUGGGACGUUAAUUAGUAAUUAGUUUUUAUUUUGAUUUUGAUUUUUGACGAUAUUGACAUGGCAAUAUAUAUAUGAUUUUCUAGUAGUAUUUCUAGUGCAGGUAUAAAAAUAGUUAUCAUAAUUAUUUUAAUGAAAAUACUUGCUUAUGUAGUUAAAUAAAUUAGUUGUGCAU